AUGCCGUCCUACACACCGCCGCGCUCCUCCCUGGCGCCAAGGUCGAUGCCCUUUGAGCUGUCGCUCUCCACACACCCCAACACGCCGCACCAUCGAUCCUCACUCACUCCCGUGGCGUUCCUUCUACGAGCUGCGCUCAUCACACCACGCAAGCUCGCCAUCAACCAUCCGGAACGCGGCUACUCGUUCACCUACGAGCAGUGGGCAGCACGCUGUCUCUCCCUCGCAUUCGCACUCCUCUCUGUACCGGGUUUCAAGACGGGCGACCGUGUCGCCGUGAUCUCUCCCAAUGCGCCUCUGAUCGCGGAUGCGCACUGGGCCAUUCCUGCUGCUGGCGGUAUCAUCACGCCAAUCAACAUCCGCAACACGCCCAAGGAGGUCGCGUAUGUGUUGGAACACUCGGGCAGCACCAUCAUCCUGUGCGAUCACGAGUUCACAAACCUCGUGCCCGAGAACCCAGGCCGGGGUGUCACGGUCGUCAUCAGCAAAGACUCGGGUGGUCAAGACGCAGACGACGCUUACGAAAAGUUCCUCGAUCGAGGCUGGCAGGAAUGGCAGCGUGCCGAGCAGGCCGAACUGGAAACGUACAAGUCUCGAUCCAAGCCCUCCGCCGAGCCCAGGACCGGCUGGAAGCUGCUCUUCGCCCCUCAAGACGAAGAACAACCGAUCGCGCUGUGCUACACCUCCGGAACCACCGGUCGACCCAAGGGCGUGCUGACCAACCACAGAGGCGCCUACCUCGCAGCGGUAGCCAAUGCGUUCGAGGCCAACCUCACGCAGGAUAGCGUCUACCUGUGGGUACUGCCCAUGUUCCACGCGUGCGGCUGGACGUUCCCCUGGGCGGUCACUGCGUCGCUUGGCACGCACCACACGAUCCGCAAGGUCGACAACGCGGUCAUCUGGAACGCUUUGCUGCACCACGGCGUCACGCACUACUGCGGUGCUCCCACCGUCCAGAUCGGACUCACCAACCAUCCGGACGCGCGCAAGCUCGAGCGGAGGGUCAACGUCGCCGUAGCCGCGUCGGCGCCGACGGCGAAUCUGCUGGCAAAGAUGGAGUCACUCAAUCUGCACCCGGUGCACGUGUACGGCUUGACAGAGACGUAUGGCCCGUUCACGCGGCGCUACUUUGAGCCCGAGUGGGCGCAGUUGGACGUGGAUGCGCGCGCGCGGAUGAUGGCGAGGCAAGGGCACUCGUAUCUCACCUCGGACGAGGUACGCGUCGUGCGCACCGAGAGCAGCACCAACGCAGCGACGGAAGACUUGGUGGACGUCGAGCGGAACGGCAAAGAGACGGGCGAGAUCGUGAUUCGCGGAAACAUGGUCAUGCUCGGGUACUACAACGACGAGGCUGCGACCAGCAAAGCCGUAAUGAAAGGGUGGUUCCACACGGGCGAUCUAGCGGUUCGACACCCCGGUGGCGAGAUCCAGAUCCUCGACCGCGGCAAGGACAUCAUCAUCUCCGGCGGCGAAAACAUCUCGUCGCUCAUGGUCGAGCAGGAACUGGCCGCGCACGCCGACGUGCUCGAGUGCUGCGUCAUCGCCCGCCCGCACGAAAAGUGGGGCGAGCGUGGCCAGGCCUUCGUCGUCCUCACCGAACAGGCAAAGGCCAAGCUCAACCCGGACGAGCUCAAAAAGAAGGGGUCGCAGAAGAACGCAGAGUUCAUCGCACAGCUCAAGCAGCACUGCAAGGAGAGGAUGUCGGGCUUUGCCGUCCCCGAGUGGUUCGAUGUCGUCGACGAGCUGCCAAAGACCAGCACGGGCAAGGUGCAGAAAAACGUGCUCAGGGCCAGAUUUGCUUCCAAGCUGUAG